GUCUCGUUGUUUCUCUCAGCGUUGAAGGUUGAAAAGAUCAAUACGCAAACAUGUCUGCAGCACUCGAUAUGAGCCUCGACGACCUCAUCAAGAGCAACAAAAAGUCUGGAUCCGGAAACUUCAGAGGCCGCGCCCGACCCGGACCCGGACCCGCUCGCCGCUUCUCCAACCGUGCCGCCAACCGCGCCGCACCCUAUGCCGCCGCUAAGCCGCCAGAGACUACGUGGCAGCACGAUUUAUAUGCAGAUCCGCAUCUGGCUAUGGCAGCUUACCCAGCUCAAGGUGGUCGUGCAUCUUCCAUAGAAACUGGAACCAAGCUUUACAUAUCUAACUUGGAGUAUGGUGUUUCCAAUGAUGAUAUUAAGGAAUUGUUUUCUGAAGUUGGUGACCUGAAACGGCAUACCGUUCAUUAUGACAGGAGUGGCAGAUCAAAGGGUACGGCAGAAGUAGUCUUUUCGCGACGAGCUGAUGCUAUAGCUGCUGUAAAGAGAUACAAUAAUGUUCAACUAGAUGGCAAACCAAUGAAGAUAGAGAUUGUGGGAACAAACAUUUCCACACCUGCUGUGGCUCCUGCUGCAAAUGGAGCUUUUGGGAAUUCAAAUGGAGUUCCUCGAAGCAGUGGACAAGUACGAGGCGGGGCAAUAGGAAGGCUGGGAGGCAGAGGGCCAGGCAUUCAAAGGGGUCGAGGACGUGGAAGAGGUCGAGGUGGUGGAAGAGGUCGAGGUGGAGGUCGUGGCGAGAAGUUAUCUGCAGAAGAUCUUGACACUGAAUUGGAGAAAUAUCAUGCAGAGGGAAUGCAAUUGAACUGAAGGGAUCACCCAUGUUCAUUUUCUUGCUAUAUCACAUCUGUGGUUUUUAGGGGCAUGGUGAUGGAACACCACAUGUUUAUGUAUCUUUGUCACAGCCUCUACCUUUAGGGAAAGGGGAAGGAUUACUUCUCGAGUGAAAACUGUUAGACUUUAUAUAUGGAGUUUGGGUUUCUGUUGUCUAAUAUCCGUUUUUCUUGGGUAUGAAUAUGGAUUAAGAAAGAGAAGUUAUCAUGUAAAAAGCACUCAAGCUUGGUUUCAUUGACUUUAAUCAAUCAACAAGUGGAGUGAUCAAUUCACAAAGAAAUCUUUGGUUGCAAAAUGUGGGAGGCUGCAGAUUUCACCUACAGCUGCCUUCUUGUUUUGGUUAAACCAUCACAGUGGAAUCUUCAAAGAAGGUAGACUGGAGCCUCUUCUGUCCUGUCCCCUCAUAAAAAAGAUGAGUCAUGAUCACUUUUUGUUACUAGAAUGCCUUUUCCUUGUGCUGUAAUUAUUUGUUCUGAUAUAUUCUAAUAAGGUUUGUUAUCUUGAGAUGUUCGUACUUGUUAUUGGGGAGCACAUCUUUCAUCUUUCCUGACUGACUGAUAAUGCUUAUUAUCUAGUGAGAUGGAAUAUAUAUCAUCUGUUCUAACUUGACUUUACCGGUUGAGUGCACUGGUCAAGAUACAGACUUACAGCUGAAGAUAGCAUUCCCGGAUAGGGAUGCGGGUUAGUUUUCAUCUUACAGUUUCUCGUCCUGCUGAAUUCAAAUUCUGUUCUGUGCCGUGAAUUCAUAUGCACUAUGACCCUGCUUUCUUCCACACUUCUCAGAACAGUCGCUGGGGUCAAUGUUACGGUCUUGGUUUUACUGAUUGAAAUUGAAAGGGACAUAGAGGGAGCUGAUAGAAGUGCGCAUUACUGAUGCUUGUCAGAGUGGCUGUUGAAGUUAACAGGCCGUGGUGACAUUAUUGGGCAUGAUAAUUCGCCCUCCCUAGCUGGGGAAAGGGUAACGUAUACUUCCCUUAAACCAAGUGUAAUGUUUGUCCUUUAUUAUGGGUUUUUUUUGAUGAACUGAGUGGUCCGAUUGCCAAAUAAUAUUAUAUUCAUUGGAGCAGUUGCGGAAUAAUCCAUAAUGUGUGGCUUGUUCUCUUUAACGUAAGGUGCAGUAUCACUUUGCUCAUAAGUUGUUUUUGACAGCUGACCUGAAAUUGACAAGUGAUUUUUUCUUUGGUUUGUAUUGUGAUUGUGAUGCCAGUCCUUGGUGUUGCUGCA